AUGACACGGCCCCUGAAACGUUUCCUAGGUGGCCACCAGGAUGAGGAGCAACAUGAGGGCAACCUCAAGGUGAAAGACUUGCCACCUCCGGAGGGCCCCUUGUUUGAGCAGUGUCGAGCUCGCAAGAACAAGAGGCUGGCAGGCAUGGCCGAGGCCCAGGGGAUCUGCCAGGAUGGCAGCAAAAGUCUAUCUGAUUUCAACGCAAACAUUGUCGCCAAUGUUGAUAUGGCAGACUACAAAUACAACGGACUCAGCGCCGUGGAUGCUUGCUGUGCUUGCGGGGGCGGACUACAAACAAGCACCCCCUUCACAUACUCGGCAAACGUCCGGUCCUUCGUCCUGGGUGCGCCGAUGAAGGACCAGCCGCACCCACGCACGGCUUCCAGCUACCGCGUGGGUGGUGUGCUGGAAGGCUCCGGAUGCGAUUUGCACUCCAUGGGUUUGCGCCUCAAUGCUGAGACGGGCGAAAUCUCGGGCACUCCCACGGCAGAGGAACCCGUGGAGGUGGAGUGUGUCAUCCAAGCCGUGCAGGACGACUCAAAAGGCUUGAUCGAAAACAGCACGGUCAAGAUUAAUUUGCAGUACUUCGCUUAUGCGGGGAAGAUUCUUUCUUUUCCAGCAGAAAGUCCCUACUUGCCUAGUACAUCCAGCGAUACCUACAGCAAGUGGCGCGUGGCAUGUACACCACACGCUCCGUGGUUGACGAUCGAUCAGCAAACAGGUGCGCUUACAUCAUCCAAUGUUGCACCGCCCGAAGCCGCGUUCUGCACUGUCACCGCGUACAACGGAACGGCAGAUGUGACACUGCCCUUGCCUGUCGUGGUCCCCAAGCAGUGGACGGCCAUGGACCUGUCCGAAGUUGAGGUGUCUGUGGGAUCUGUUCUGGACCUUGUGGCCGGGCGAGCAGUGCCGCCAGUGGCUUUGGCAUCUGCCGACGGCUCCGACCACCUCACUAAGCCCGUGGUUUUCUAUGCGGCAUGUGAUGCGGUUGGCGAGAGUGACGAGCACGUUUCCUUCGACAUGACGACAGGCGAUGUCCUAGUUCGCGGCCACGUGGCUUUCCGCCUGGAGAUGCUGAGUGGUGAGUUCACAGGCAUCCCUGACAUGGGAGUCCUGGGCAGUUGCAGUGCUUCCUCUCGCUGCAAAGUUGAACUCAAGUGCACGAUUUUUGGGGAGCUUGCCUAUCAACCACCAGGAUCACUGCCCAAGUUUCUCAAGCACAGCGUCACAGUUGUCAUCCGCGAUGACACUUGCUGGCAACAUGUGUCAAGUUCCGAGAAGACCUGGGCACGCCUCGGGCAGCUGGAAGGUAGUGGAACUUGUCGCAGUCGUUGCCGCGCUUCGGCCGGAUGCUCUGCAUACCAACAGGAGGAAGAUGGGGAGCCGUUGUCCACGUUUGCUGAAAAUAACUUCAACGACCGUGGCAACACUGAUGACAAAGACACCAGCAAAACUUACGAAUACACUCUCAGCAACGGCUACAAAUGCACCUUGUCGGGCUGGUCGCAUACCCGAGAAUACCAGAGCGGUUACCUCCGCACCGGAUCCGGCAGCGGCAUGGCCGUAGUUUCUGGGCUGGAGCCGGGGGUCCUCUACGCCUGGAAAAUCUACCAGUUUACGACCAAUGCCCAUUAUGCUGGCACAAAUCCGCUGCUCGUCAACGGCGAGAGCUAUGGUUCCACAACCUCCGGGGCGAGUGCAGAUGCAACGAAGACAGGCUUCACGAGAGCAACUGCUGCAGGCAAGAUUUCAUUCGAGUUCGUGAAGAAGACGCCCCAGGUCUCCGUAUCUGGAAUAGCCAUGGGCAAGGCACCUUCGUGCUUCUCUGUGCGCUCUGUGGCUUCGGAAUCCUGCCCGGCAGCUUGCUUCUGUGAUGGGGGGAAAAUGUGCAAGGGCUGGUGCGACAAGGAUGGCAGCACGUGCAAGACCACUGCGCCCAAUUGGGGACUUGAUUGCCGCGGUUGUGGCGCCGCAAAGUUUUCCAGCGCGUGGGUUCGGAUCAGAGACUGUGACGCCCAGAGCAACUGCCUCUCUGUGUCGAAGAAGGGUGGAGGGGCUGCCUUCUUGGAUGGCGUCUACUGCCCUGCCAGUGAUGGUGAGAAAGAUGGGCUGCUCCCCUACUACGCAAAACCAGGUGAGGUGCAAGAGGCCACCUUGUACCUGUCUCCCUGGCAACCUUCGAGAGAGACGCAGCAGGGCUGCCCAACAGGCACGGGGUGGGUGAUCCGCCGAGCCAGUCCUUUGGAUUUCUUCCAGGGCGAGUACGUGGAGCUGCGCGGAGAUGUGCUGGCCUGCUUCCAUUCUUUGGGUCAUUCUGGAAGCAAGGCCUGGAGCAUCGGAGAUGCUGUGCUUGACGAAGUGAAGUCUAACUUCCACCUUACAAUCCUUGAUGCGAGCUAUGUGGAGAAGCGCGCCAAGACAGCGCCAACUGACGAAGUGAACAUGGUGCCUGUUGCACGGACGUGCCCGAAUCCGCUGGAAGAACGGCGUGCAAAGAAGAAGAAGGGGGAAGAGCAGGAUGAACUGACCAGCGAGGAGGCUUUCAUCUUCGAUGAUCCUGAUGCCCCAAGCGGCCUUGGAGACUUCUACUCGCUCAACCCAUGCGAAUGCUUCAGUGGGAAGUUUGGAGCCAAUCCGCCAGUCGCGGAAACAACCUUUUCCAUGAUGCCGCCGGGAAGUGACAACGACUUUGUGCCCCCGAGCACAUUGUUGGUCUCUGGAAGCUUGUCGUGCGAACCGAAAUACUUGAUGCUGACAUUGGUUGGGGUUGAUGCAACAGGAUGUGAGACCGCUUGCCGAAGUGGAGAUCACGACACAGCUACGGAAGCAUGUGGCUUCUACUUCACCGGCUCUUACACUGACGUCACUGUCUGCCGCCUCUACAGCUCUUGCGGCAGUCUGGUCCAGGAGGUGAACAGCCACGGCGAGCUGUUCGGUGUUGUCAAGAAGCGGGCGUGUCUUAUUGCAGAUCCUGAGUCGUGCAAGCCCAUCAAGCGCGAGAAGUGGCUUGCUGCCGGUCCAGACCUUUCUGGGCACUGCCUGUUUGAGGACCUGAUCUCCCACUGCGACGCAGCUUUGAUCCACGGUGGGCACGGGGUCUCCGAGUGCGGCAAGUGUGAGUACAUGCUUCCCUCGGAGCAUGCCGUGCAGCUUUCGAGAAUGAAGCGGCCGUUGCCAUCACAGUUUGAAUCUGGCUCGAUGAUCUCCGUAGGUUGUGGCAAUCGUUAUGCCGGCUUGAACCGAUAUGGAAAUGACGUCCUGCCAUCCCAGAAAAUCAUCUGCCAGGACGGCGAGUGGGUUGAUCCUGACGGCGGACCGGGCCUUUCCGCCCUGCAAUGCGUGGCUUGUGUCCGGACCACUCCGGGAAGCACGUCCAACAGCCUCAUGGACUUCGUUGGCGCAUCGCAGCAAGAACGAUGGUGGCUGAAAAGGCACUCUGUUGAGAUCCGCAGCUGGAACGAUCUUUGCUUGGCGAGCGAUACAGAUCAAACACAGCGCGCUGAGAUCACUUUCACAGACAACACGGACCUACCGCCGCAUGUCACAAGUCCUUCACACCGCCGCAGGAGGCGAGCGUACACGGAUGAGAGCUACCGUCGACGCAAUGUGGACAGCGGCGAGAGAUAUGGGAGGGUUGGCUGGAGGUCUGGCUUCCUCUAUGGCUGGCUGGGCACAGAUAGCACUUGCCAAUUCGACCAGCGGACGCAGGUGUCCAACGAUCUGAAGUCGGGGUGGUAUCUCAACGGAAACUGCAGAAGGAGAAGGAGAGCCUGUUCCCACGAGAAAUUCGAAGACGUGCCUGCUGUCGCGGAGUCGAUCCGCUACACCAUCAGUUUCAAGGCCAGGGUGGUGGGGGACUAUUCCGAUGGCUGGGGCUGGCCUGGACAUUACAGCAGCUCUGCCUGUGCACAGGAUCGCUGCCUUGUCAGCGUGAACUGCCCCUCGGGUCAGACCAUGAUCAAGUGCGAGGCGGUCCCAACUUUCGGUUCCAAGACAGCAUCGGGCGGUGUGAAAGUGAGCGGAAGCAGCUGCCAGGCCACCGGCGGGAAGCUUGGGGCUGAUGUAAAGCAAGGAUCAUGGAAGGAAGCUAACAAAGACAGCUGGACAUCGUGGGCAAGCUGCCCUUCCGGCACCGUCGCUGUCACACCAGGAAAUUUGGAAGCUGGCGUCACUUUUGGCAGCUACGAUUCACAAUACACCCUCAAACUCAUGGGAGAUCGACGACGCCGUUUGGAAUCGAACACCAGGGUUUGCCCUGAUGGCCAGUUCAUGAAGGUUAUCAAGACGUGCGCUGCUGGAAAGUGGGACUCGAUGGACUAUGCUGAUUGCACUAAUGGCCAUCGCCUGAAUUCGGCCCUGAGAGACGGCUGUGAUCAGAGACGAAGACGACGGCGAGUCGAGGUGCAUUCGCACGUGCAGUUCAACAACGUUGCGGGUGUGCGGAAGGUCACAGGACAGGAGAGAGGCAAUGCAGACAAGGUUUGCUUUGAAGGUGGCACCUGCCGGGGUAACACCAACUCAGAUGCCUACUCGGAGACCUGUGGCGAUAGAGGCCUUCUGGCAGGCUGGAAAGAAUAUCAUCGGCGCCGGUCGGUUCAGUGGGUCUGCCGUGAGCUGCGGCCGGUAGUGAAGAGAUUCGAAUGCUCCUCCAGCGGGUGCAAAGCUGAAUGUGCAAACGACAAGUGCAAGAUCAGACCCAACUGCAUUGCAGCGGCGUCUUCUCAAGUGAAAGAUGGCCCAUCCAAAACGUCAAGCGGUGGCAACAAGUGGACGGCAAUGUCUGAGUGCCCAUCUGGCUACAAGGCCGCCGGACUGCGAUACAUGGCAAUCGACGGAGACAUCAGAGGAGGCAGAAGCCCGGGUGGCAGCCUGCAUCAAAUCGACUGCUCGAAUACAGGGUGCAGGGCACUGAGCAUGGGCAGGAAGAUUACCAUCAAAACAGCCUGCGUCCAGCAUGCUGAAGUGACGUCUGGGUCGUUCAUCGACAAGAAUCUUGGGUCAGGGUAUACCUCCAAGUCGACCUGUCCAAGCGGCUACAAUCCAAUUGGCAUCAGGCUAUUGCAGUCCACUAGCACAUACGACGCUGUGAAAAAUUGGCAAUGCGACUCCUCCGGAUGCAGGGUGGAAUGUGUUGGAAUGGGGAGGUGCAAAGUUCGCGCGAUGUGUCUCUCAGCAAUGACACGGGCCCGUGCGACGUGUUCCGCAAGCCAUCAGAACCUGCUCGUCAAAAGUUCAACAGGGUCCGGCACAAGAUCUGCUCCAAACUGCCCAGCGACACACCAGAGUAUUUAUUGCCUUUGCCUCUCCGAUAGCGGGAAAUGUUCGAGCUCGAAUGGGGUGGCUGGCCCCAGCGGCUGCAGCGUGAAUUUCGGCCCAGCACGCCGGCGACGUCGGCGAUCUCACACGCCCAUGGAAACAGUCUCGCGGAUUUGUGCGCAGGGUGAGGCCAAGCUCAGAGUGUCUUUGGGCAGCGCAUCUGUUGAAUUGCAGCCUCAGGAUUUCAGGCAUGACUACACCACCAAGACACUGCAGCUCACAGCAAAGGAGUCCGGCAACGUGCGCCUGAAAUUUGAGGAGAGGUUACGCCAGCAUGCCAGAUUGUUCUUCGAGGAUGUCAGCAUCACAGAUUCCGUGUCUGACCCGACGAAGCAGAGCCUGAUGAUCGAUCCAAGCAAUGUUUGUUCAGGAUCGCGGUGGGAGAUCGAGAUGCCGGCAACUGAUGCCGGAUCCCCCUACGAGGUCACGAUCACGUACGGAGACAGUCGACGCGCAGUCGACACUUCAACGUGCACGAUCGGUACAUCGGGGCGCAUGAAGGAUGCAUCCCACCCGGACAAAACCAUUGCGAAAAAUAAGUUUGUCACCGUGUCGAAGGCUGUAAUCAUCUAUGGCAGCAACGGCAAAGGCAAGCUGGCAUUCUCGGGGGAGCUUUCGUCGGGCUGCUCGGGAAUCAAUAAGAUCAGCAUUUUCAAGCAGGACUCCGUGUUUUGGUCUGCGUGCGGCGGGUCCUUCUCCAAGGCCUGGAGCCUGGAGGCCUCCAGGCAAGCCCCGGGAAACGUCCAGCUUGUCUACCGAGAUCGACAAACAGCCGCAUGUGUGGACCCGAUGACCGGCAAAAUGGAAGACUGCGCGGUGGAGACAGAUGUCGAAGCGCACACGAAGCAAGUGUUCUCUUUGGAUUACCUGGCGCCCUUGGCAGCGCGCUGGACCCACAUGGCCUCCGGAGAGAACCUGCAGCCUGGGGCCUGUGUGCGAGCUCAAAACAGGUACCUGCCGAGCCUCAAAGUCAACCAGCCCCUUGUGUCUUGCGCAGAGGGUCAGGUGCUGAGCUCCUUCUCCUUCCGACAAGAUAGCUCUUGCAACGGCGCUGACUACUUCCGCUAUUUCUACAGUUGCACCACCAUCGUGCCGGUGAAGGGUGCCUCGAUGUGCGCCGCGAAGUCGACGCGCUGUGUUGCCCACACUUCCAGCGAUCCGCACCUGUGGGAGUUGGACAGGCACGAUGUUGGAUCUCAAUGUGAAGCGGGAACGUUGUUGACGAAGUUUGAGUACAAGAGCUGCACUGGAGACGAUGGCGCUGGCUAUCAUUAUGCAUACACGUGCUGUCCGGUGCAAGGUUUGGGUGAAUGCUCCGAAGAAAAGACGGAGUGGGGAGAGGUUGGCGCGAAAAGUGACCUGGCAGCCUUGGCGCACCACCGACCUCACUGCCCUCGCGACAGCGGGUUGCAGCGCUUCCUCCUCGAGUCCAAAGUUCCGGAGGUGGCGGCCAGUGCUCCUCUCCAAGGAGAGGUGAGGUACACUUUUGUCUGCUGCAUGUUGCCAAUGGCACCGCCCGUCAGUGUGAAGACGGGGCCAUUGGAUGCAGGCAUCGCGUGGGAAGGCACAUAUUGUCCAGCAGGACGCAGCGAAGGUCGGGCUACCCUCAUGCGAGGAAAGCCUUCGGCUCCUUAUUUCUCGAAAAGAGACGGCAAGGCAUGUGGCUACCACAAGGACAAGCUGGCCAAAAUUGUCGACGGCGGGGCCUACUUGCCUAGCACAAGGGCGAGUGCCCUGAGCAUCUGCGGCCCAAUCUGCGCUGCGGAGCCGACCUGCGAUGGCUUUAUCUGGAUCGAUGGGAUUUGCGGCUUCCGCCAGGACACGUCGAUCAGUGUGAGCUCCAAUGCUGGCGCCGACUGCUACACCAAGGUGCCGGAGUCACAGGCCAUGAAGAUCAAGUUUGACCGUCUUGCUGGCCAUUGGUGCAUGAUAUCUCAUGUCCAGCAGGCUGUCUGUACCACUGCUGAUGUGUCGCAUCCACUUGAGCUGCCUCCGGGGGGCGAAGGUAAUGUCGACUACUCCCCGGUCCUGCCCAUGGACACGGAGUUUGAGGGCAAUGGUGCGGUGGAAGUGGCGCACGACUCGAUGGCGAUGAGCCUGUUAGGAACUUCGAAUUCUGCUGCAGUGAGCCGAGCUGGAACUGGCGGCGGGCUGGGAAACAAGAAGUUCAAGAAGCUGCCAAAGAUCCCAGCAGCCAAGUUCAACAUGGCAAAGUUCGAGAUGGCGGAGUUCAAGCCUUUUGAAGGCGAGCGCCAAGAGCUUCAACAGCGUGGUGUCACCGAAGCGGUGCUGAAUUGGAACCCGGAGCCAAUCGAGUAUGCUCCUCACUGUUUGGCCCGCGAGAGCCGCGAAAUGAUCACUGGUGCCGAGCCCGUCGAGGGAGAUCACUACCUCACAGUCGAGGAGAGGCAAAAAGAUGUUGUCGGUGCAUGCUACCAUGCCCUUGGCGCAGAUGCCAGCGGGGCAGCGGCCGUGGAGACGUGGGGUGAGGAGGGCACUCCAGGGAAGAAGAACACAGAUUGGCAAGAGCCCUACUUUACCCCCAAUCCUACUUUCCCCGGCCUCACCGCCGAUGCGGUCUGGGACUGCAGCACUCGCGACAUCAAUCGUGGAUACAAGCUGGCCAUGUGGGACCGUGAAGCUGCUUUUGCAGAAAGCACAAUCGAGGACUUUGCCGAGCCAGUUGUGACAAAAGCCUGCAUGAAUAUCCCUGGAACAGUUGCGCUGGCUGGUGCUAUUGCCGCUUAUGCAGGGACAGACAUGGAUGCUGGAGACAUGUGUGCGGCGGUCGGCGGUGCAGUAUCUUCCGCCUCCCUGUUUGCCAUUGCCCAGACGCAGUAUUACAGGGAGCUGAGGUAUGACGAAAGCGAUUUCCAAGAUUGCAAUCCCUUGCAGAACACAAUGGCCAAGGUUUACUGCGACCUGUCCUGUGUUGAGGACGCAGUCAAGCGAGGCGACCAGAAAAUCCUGACCUCCAUUGGCACAUUGAACCGAAACAUCCUUUCGGAGAUGAAGGAGUUCUUCCACCACUAUGUCUCCGAAAUCUUUGGUCGCUUGACGCACAUGGAGGACAAGUCUAGCCAUGAGAAUCAGCAGCUGAAGAGCGUCAUGGAUACUUAUGCGCAAGCUGAUGUGGAUGCAGCAACUUGGCCGGAACAGCACGGGCGUCAGGUCAAUUCCAAUGGAAAGCAGAUUAUCAAAGCCAUGAACUCGCAACACAGUGCGCUGAACAAGAACCUUGGCAUUGCUGCCAAGCAGAUCUUUGACCUCACGCACGAGGAGCACAAAGUCCUCGCUCAGAAGAUGGAUGUACAUCUGGCAGCGACUUCUGAUGCCAUUGAUAACUUGAAAGAGUCAACAGUACAAGGCUUCCAUGAUGCAUUCAGCGAGUUCACCGAAGCCCUGGGAUCAGAGGACGGAGCGGCCCUCACGCAGUUGAAACACACCCACACGGCCGCCAAGCAGGCUUUGGAAGAGAUCUCAGCUUGGAAUGUGGACGGCACCAUGUACCGCCUCGGCUCUGCCAAGCUGGAGCAAGUUGAGCAGGCCCUGCUUGCCUUGCGCAAGCAAAUUACAAACGCACGUGCUCAGCAAGCUGGAAGGGGAGCAUCCCCAAACGCCACCGUGCGGACACUUGAGGGAGCCGCGCUUCACCGUGACACCACAGCCAUUGCCAGAUCGCUGCUGGGCUGGAAGGUGAACCUGCCCGAAGCGCCUGCUCUCAUCGACUUGGAGAUGAAGAAGCUGCUCAAGGCGGCGCAGACCUCGAUCCAAAGCCACCGCCAUUCCGCUCAGCACAUGAAUCGCCACAUCGCGUUGCUGAGAGGUGAGUCUGAGGCCGUCAGGCUGGAGGCGUUCCACGUGGAAUCCCAGGUUGUGGAGUUCGACAAGAUUCUCUUGAAGAUCCGUCAGGCCACAGAGGAGUAUUUAGAAGCAGCACAGGAGCAAGUGAGCCAUGUGAGCACUGCGACUGAGCUCACUGAAGGCUAUUUGUCCCAGUGCAGUGCUGAUUUCUUACAGGUGCAGGUUGCGGCAAAGCGUGCCAUGCGUUCGGGCCAGAAAGCAGCGAAAGCGGCACGCAGGGCGCUGACUUUCAACUGCAAGAGGAAAGAGGUCACCCAGCAGGUUGGGCUCCUGGCAGACAUCAUGGUCGACGGCGGUUUGGUCCGCUAUGCGCUGCAAGCGGCAGCGACAGCGGCAGCCGAGUCCAACGCCGCAGCCCCCCGGGACCUUGGGGCCGGGUCCGCGGAGGACCUGGAUGGAGUGCCGGAUGUCCCUGCGCAGCAUGGGCAUGAGUCCAAGAUCGUUCUCCAGCAGCUCCAUGCGAAGAUCUCUCGAACAGCCCGGAAACGCGCAGGGCAGGUCUCGGCACUGCUCCAGAUGCCCGAGCUCUUCCAUAUCCUGCACCUGAGCAUGCUGACGCAGCUGGCAGAGUGGAUGCCACCAGUGCUGCCAAAAGCCCAGGCAGCCUUCAAACUGGCGCUUCACCUGCGCCAUCGCCAUGACAUGCAUGGUUUGGCACGCCGUGGUGGUGAGGAUGCGCGGCUCAUGCGAUCAGCCUGGCAGCGUCUUGAUGCUGAACUUCAAGAGAUGGCUGGAGAAACUCGCGUCCGUCAUAGUGCACUGGGUGCAUUGUUUGCCCAGCAGAUUGAUGAAGUGUUGGCUUCAGCGGCACCAGUGCCAGAAAACUGCACUCGGACUGGCCAGGAGGGCUGGAUGCUGUGGGCUGCACUGCCUACGGACCCGACAGCCUUGAUCAUUGUCAAGGGUGCAGCCAAUCUCGUUCAGCACGCCCGAGGACGUCAUCACCAGAGGCUGGACUUCGCUGCCAUCUCGAAGAGCUCUCAGGAUGCAGGGAACUUUGAAGCCCUGGUUUGCAACUCGAAGACACGCUCCGCCGCAGCCUCAGCCUUCAGUCAUGUGGCUUGCUUCUCAAAUGGGACGCAUGAGCUUCUUGGCAUCAUUCUGCAUCACUGGAUGCCUUUGACAUCCUUUGACACUGUGCGGAACAGGACGCCUCUAGAGGCCUGCAAAGUUUGUAGCUCCGCCAUGGCGCUAACGCUGACGGUGGCCACUGUCACGGGGAAGACCUACGAGGUUCCUUGCGCGGAGGAGGACGCGAUAUGCGUCGUGCGCGAGAACUUGCAGCAGCACCACAUCGAGGCUGCGGUGCGGCCAAGUCGACUGCCAAUCGGUCCCACCUGCAUGCUUCUUGAAGCUGUUCAAUGGACCGCAGGCACUCCGGUGCCAGGGGUGGUUCUUCAUGAUGCUUUUCCCGUCGCAAAGCUUGACCGCUCACAGCCGAUUUUUGCCGUGAUUGGGCGCGAGACCGCUGUGGAGAUCCUCCUUCAAGCCGCAGGGUCUUAUCAAGGCUAUGCGGACAUCGUCAAGGCGGCACCAGUCAAGGAAGGUACAAGUUGCAAGGUCAUUGAACACAUCCCUUCCAUCAUUGCUGUGUUGGAGGACAUGGGUGGGCAGAAGCCGGAAUUGGAGCAUCUCAAGCAAGGCGAGCAUGGCCUGGAAAUGACAAGCCCGGAUGGUCAUCUUUUGUUACCAAGUUUGAAUGUCGGUGCCAUGCUGGCAGACAGCGGUCGAUUCUCCAAAGUGGUGGUGUCAAUACAGCUCAACUCCGAUGCAUACAACCGAGGUCUCGGGGUUGUUGUGGAGCAGCCUGGAUCCAUGGACAGUGAAGUGGACAUGGAUGGUGUGCCGAAGCACAUCUACAAUGGCUUGGGUUUAUCCAAGGACAAGAACUCCAAUGCCAUAAAGUUCCAUCCUGGCAUGAUGGGAGGCCAGUUGAGGAUUGAGGGCAUUGGCGGCUUCUUUAACUCCGACAUUGGCUUUAACCCUCAGAAUUGGACAGCCAGCGGAAACUCCUUCCACACCUUCGAGGUGAGCAUCUCGACAGAUGGAUCCAACCAUCUCAAGGUCAUUGGAACUGGAGGCGAAGUCUGGGAAGCUGCCUGGAAUAACACCCUGACGGAUGGAUGCUACACGCCUUCGUUUCACGCCUGGUUGGAUCUAGGAGGAACCAUGCCGCUUGUCAUCGGCGAGAUGAAAGUGGAAAUUCAUUUCGACACCCCGAAACCACCAUGA